CUUCUUUCUUCUUCUUCCUGCGUAAUUUUUUUUUUCAGCAGAAAAAAAAAAUAUAAACCAGAGAGAAAUUCAGUUCGAAUCGAAUUCCAGAAGAUGGCCGGAAUUUCAGUCCGGUCGAGGAAGAGAAAACCGGCGGCGGCGGCGGAGUGGGUGAGCGGUUUACUCCGAAGCAAAUUCUUCGGUUCGUGCGUGGAUCACGGAGAAUUGAGGAGGAACGAGAAGAAUCUGUACUGUAUAGAUUGCAAUAUCUGCUUAUGUAAGCAUUGCGUCAUCUCUCCUCCGGCGCCGCCACGUGGCUGCCUCCAUUUCCACCGCCUCCUCCAAAUCUGCAAAUACGUUUACCGCGACGUCGUUCGGCUUCACGAUAUUCAGCACCACCUCGACUGCUCUCUUAUUCAAGCGUAUAAAAUAAAUGGAGAAAAGGCUGUCCAUUUGAAUCCAAGGCCUCAACUAAAAGACGCGAAAAACUCGAAGGCAAAGGGUAGUUUCGGAACUUGCUGCGAAUCUUGUGGAAGGCACAUACAAGACUUGCCUAAUCGCUUCUGUUCCAUUGCUUGCAAAGUUUCAUCGACAGACAAAGAUAUAACGAUACACGGAAGGAACGAGAUUAUAUCCACUCCAAUGUCGAAUAUUGGCCAUUUUCGGAAGUUGGAUCAAGAAGAAAAUUCGUAUGAAAACGGAUAUGCUUCGUCUCAAUCUUUAACCGAGUCGUCGGAAGUAAUCCAGGCGUGGUUCGGUUCGGCUUUAAGGCCGAAAAGGAUGUUGCACAAGAGAAAGAGUUUAGCACCAAGGAGGGCUCCUUUGUGUUAAAAAAAAGGCUCAAGUUCACAAAUUUCAUUUAUUUAUUCUCAAUACUUUUUGUGAUAUGAAAAAGAAUUUUAAUUUUAUUUAUUUUUAAUACAAAAUAAAGUGCCACGUGUAUUUUAGUUAAAUAUUAUGCUAGUGUUUAUUUAAUUAUUAGUCCACAUCGUUGUGUUCUACUUGAGUUGUGUACAGCAUAAAGACUGGAUGGGGAUGGGAUUGGUGUGACAUUAUUAUUGAAUUCUUUAUUUGGA